GCUGGCCGGGGCGGGGCGGAGGGCCGGCCCGGGCGGACCGGGGCCGGUGUUCCGCGGCGCCCCAGCUUCAGGUGUUGGGGCGGCUCCACGUCGCCGGGCGCCUGUGGCUUCCGUGAACCCAGGCCGCCCCCAGCGUCCGGAGUGCCGGCCCUCGGCUCCCGCGAAGCCAUGGCAGGGCCGGGCCCGGGGGACCCAGACGAGCAGUACGAUUUCCUGUUCAAACUGGUGCUGGUGGGCGACGCGAGCGUGGGCAAGACGUGCGUGGUGCAGCGCUUCAAGACCGGCGUCUUCUCGGAGCGCCAGAGCAGCACCAUCGGCGUGGACUUCACCAUGAAGACGCUGGAGAUCCAGGGCAAGCGGGUCAAGAUCUGGGACACUGCCGGCCAGGAGCGAUUCCGCACCAUCACCCAGAGCUACUACCGCAGUGCUAAUGGGGCCAUUCUUGCUUACGACAUCACCAAGAGGAGCUCCUUUCUGUCAGUGCCUCAUUGGAUCGAGGACGUGAGGAAGUAUGCUGGCUCCAACAUUGUGCAGCUGCUGAUCGGGAACAAGUCGGACCUUGGCGAGCUCCGGGAGGUCCCUCUGGCUGAAGCGCAGAGCCUGGUGGAGCACUAUGACAUCCUGUGUGCCAUUGAGACGUCUGCCAAGGACUCGAGCAACGUGGAGGAGGCCUUCGUGAGGGUGGCCACAGAGCUGGUCAUGAGGCACGGGGGUCCUCUGCUCAGUGAGAAGAGCACCGACCACAUCCAGCUGGAUAGCAAGGACAUUGGAGAAAGCUGGGGCUGCGGGUGCUGACUGGGGUGCAGGGCAGGCAGGCAGGCAGGGGCCUCCCCUUCUCCUCGCUCUGGUCUGCCAAGCCCAGCCCUCCAGAGCUGGCCCUCUAGGGCACCCGUGAUUCUAGAGCAGCUGGAUAAAGUCCUGGAAUCAUUCAUCCCAUGGCCUGGAUGCUUGAUGGGAAAGCUCCCCCAAGGAAAGGAGAAGCAGGGUUCCUCCUGCAGGAGCCUGUGGUCACAGGGCAGGGUGUGGGGCCCGCCCUGCCGGUCAGUGGCUGUUCCCUUCAUGCUCUUACAUUUCAGGACUGGCCCGAGCUCACAGUGUGGACCACAGCUGGAGAGGGGCCUGGACCGUGCCUCCCCUGCUAUAUUCUGACUAGUUCUGACCAUUUCACACCUGUGUCUGCUGCAGCCGUAGCAGCAGGUUGCUGCCUCCCAGGGAUGUGACUGGUUCCCAGGUCAUUCCAGGGCCUCCAUAUGUAGCUGCGGAGAGCAGAGCAACCAGCCCAAUAGGUGGUUUCUGAGCACAGCCCAGGGAAGCCCUAACUCCUUCCAGGGCAGGAACCUUCUUCACUGCCAGCUCUAAGCUCACAGACACCAUGGGGCCCAACUUGCUGCCUUAGCAAGACCUCUCAAGUUUUCCAUGUAGCUUCUUGUUUUCAUUCACAAAAGUGGAGGCCCACAGCCAAGCAGGGACUGUCUGCUGGCUUGGGACCCAAAGUUGUGUCACUCAGGUUGCAAAAACAGUUAAUUCUUCAGUUCUGAGGUCUCAGAAGCUUGGGGGUUGGGGAAUGAGAGAGGAAUGUGGACAUUUAAGGGAAAAGUAAAAUCUUGCAUCCUUGAGGCUCAGGUCUGAGAAAUCUUUCCUGUCAUGUUUAGAGCAUCAGCUCUCCACUGCUCCCAGUCUAGCUUAGAGUUUCCCAAACCAAAGAGGCGAGGCCUGGUAGUUCUGGGCCUGGGCAUUUCACCACCCCGUCCUCCCCUUCCCCUCCUCUGAGUCCACCUGCCCCCAGCAGCCUCCACAUGCGCAGAUGCUGAGGUAAGAAGGCAGGGUGGAGCCGGGGUCACUGGGGGUCUUCGAAGCAGCACCAGACUCUGGCGUAGCUCAGAGGAUCACAGGGUCUGGCCUUAGGUGAUCUUCCUAAGCCAGCUCAGUUCUCCCCUGUCAGCCCAGUUCAGCCCCUCUGGCCUCUCAGUGUGGGGCCUCAGGAAGUGAACUGCGAGGCCGCAUCAUAGAGAGGCAGCCCAGAGCCUGUCAGGCUUGUCAGGCACCCCAGGCUCAGCCCCAGCCCCAAGGAGGCUGUGGCGCUUCCCUGACUCCCCUGGCCCUUCUACUCCAAGCACCUUGGUCUGCGUUGCCCCCUCUCCUGGGCAGGCCUGGCUGCAGAGCAAGAAGCCAGACCUUUGCAGCAGUCUGAUGAGUCAGGGUCGGGCAUGGAUGGCCGAGACAGACAUGCAGGCUGGGGGCUCCCUUUCAAGCAGGGAGGCAGCCAUAGAACUGCUGAGCCUGCUUCUGGCGGGAAAGGAUGUUAGCCUGAUUGGGCCAGGAGCUUCUGAGCCGGGGUCUGCAUUUAGGGGAGUCAGCCCAUUUCUGCCUGGGGUGGGGUGGGGUGGGAGCACGAAGGCUGCCUGGCUUCAGUCCGCAGUGGCCUUGCUGGUGAAUGGGGCCCAGUUGCUGGCAGGGAGUUGGCGCCUGCCCGGCCUCUCCAUUGAAGGCCUAGGCUCCACCUGCCGAGUAGAAAGUGCCUGUCACCGAGGGGUUCCCUGAAGAGGAUUCCUUUAAGGUCAGGGACAAAGGUCCUCCAGCCCCAUGACCUCUGCUAGGGGCUAAUAUUUGGGCAGAGCUGGGCGUUGAAUUUAGGCCCCAGCUAGAAAAUGUCACCUGCUGUUUUUGGGGUCUUGGGGCAGAGGCAAGGGCCUGCAUCCCUAUGAUUGACUUGCAGCCCCACUUCCAGCUGAGAGCACAGGUACCCAGCCCCGCAGGGUUCAGGGAAGACGGAGGUCCUUCUACCCCCUCGGAUGGAUGUCCUUGGCGGUAGGCACAGGAACGGGUAGCUGGCAGGUGACAGGCUCAUUUGUCACUGGGACGUGAGCCACCACAACCCCCGUCUUUAGGGCAGGAGGCCUGAAACCCCGAAGAGGCCUGGCUUAGAAGGGAAAGGAAGAGCGACCUAGCCUGGGACCAGGGAGGCUUCUUCUCGCUGGUCACCUCUUGGUUUACCCAGAAACCAAGCCAACAACUCUGAUUCCCCCACGUCUCAGUCCCGGGGUGUCGGAGACACUGGCCAUCACAUCCUCUCACCUGGACAUCUCACUGACCUUGGUCUUGGGCUUCUCAUCCCACUGCCCCAGCCACCGCCUGCAGCCAUCAGUGUCCGCUGUGAGAGGUCACUCCUGGUCCUGCCACCCCCCCAACACCUUUCAGGGUGCCCUCGGGUACUUGGAGUGCUGUCCACACGGACCCAGAAGCCCAAGGCCUUCACAGCUCCACCCUGGGUUCGUUCCAGCACCUGCCUGUCCCCCAGGAGCAUCCUGCCCCCCCUCCACUUACCUUUCCGGCCCCCCUCCCUCCACUUACCCUGCCCUUUUGUUCAUGUCAUUUAUAAUCCCACAAAUGACCCAGCUGGACACCCCUGAGAACUUGCCCCACCCCAAGCUAAUCUCUUGUUCAUAGUUCUCUCCUGCAAGAAUGAGUUCGUCCCUACCCUCCGCCUGUGAGGUUCCUCCACCCGCUCCCUGGGCUGAAGCCAUUUCCUGAUGCUCCGAGAGAUGCCCUCAACCUCAGACACAGAUGCUAGCGCUCAGGGCCUGGCUGCGGGUGAGGCAUUGACUGCAUGCCGCAUGGGGUCCCUGCUCUGUAUGCCCGCCAGGCUGGGGCCUCCAUCUCUCUGGGCCUUAUCCUGUGUCAGAUGGAGUAAGAGAAAAUGAGGGAAGUAUCUGAGACAGCAAAUAAGACUUGUUUCUGUUCCCUUUCCCAGCAGCCUCUGGGGCAAAGGAACAGUUUAAUCUCUAUUUAUUUUAUUUUAUUAGUUUAUUUAUUUUACUUGUAGAGAGGGAAUCGAACCUGCAGCCUUCCUGUGCAUGGGAUGACGCUCCAACCAACUGAGCCACACCAGCCAGGGCUCGCUCUUUGUUUAUAAAUUAUCUAAGCACAGGAGUAGGUGGGGAGAGGGGCCCGGGUGUGGGAGAGGGAAGGACAUCGGGGAAUUGUCCUGGCAGCCAGGCCUGGGGAAGGGCAGUGUGGUCUAGGUGAGGCAGAUGUGACACGGGCUGAGGGAGAACGAGGGAAGCUGAUGGAGUUCUGGGAGGAGGACUGGGGUGGGCAGGAGACACAUGUGAUCCUGACUCUUAAGCCAGAGGUGGUCCCCUGUCCUCGGGGGUGGGGAUGGGGGUAGGGGUGGGGACUGACCCCAAAGGCACAAGCCCCAGCAGACGCGGAGCUGGAGGAAACUCCUAAUUCACAUUGAAUCCAGUUACUCUUCUCCAGGAGGGCUGCUGGGCGGGGUGGGGGUGGGCGGCGGGGGGUCUUAGGGACACUCUGAGCCCCACUGCUCUGGACUGUGGGGCGGGGAGUGCCUUAGGCAGCCCAAGGAUGCCAUUUACAUUGGAAUUUUACGUUACCUGUUUAUAAAUAUAUACAUCUUUAUGUCACAUCUAUUUUUAAAAACAUGGAAAAGUUGCCUUUAUGGAAACUUAACAGAGCCAGAGUGUACACAUUCCUAAACCAUUAAACAGUUUUCUCUAAUGA